AUGGUGUCGUCAUUGAAAAUCGCCGCUUCUUUGUUGUCCUACAUUGCUCUGAGUACAUCUUCACCGACACCACGAGCUGUUUCUGGUUACGCCCCAUACCCAGCAACCUGCCCUUCAACACAACUUGUUCGAACAGCCACGGGCAUUUCUGAUUCCGAGGCGAGUUACAUUGCUCAAAGAUAUCAAAAGGCUUCUCAAGCUCUAGGGACAUGGCUCAAGAACGUAGACGAGUCCUUUGAGGCUGGUCAAGGCAGUUGGGGCGGUCAUGGCGGCUGGAGUGACUGGGGUGGAUCGGGUACAGGAAAAGCACCCGUCCUGGCAUUGGCCUCCAGUGGUGGCGGUUACCGCGCCAUGCUUGCCGGUGCUGGAAUCGUCAAAGGCUUUGACAGUCGUGAAGCGAACCAGACUGGCGUCAGUGGCAUCUACCAAGCUCUCACGUACCAUGCGGGUCUUUCAGGCGGCUCCUGGUUACUGUCAUCCAUCGCUGGCAACAACUUCCCAACCAUCAGUUCUCUGCAAUCGAAUCUCUGGAACACGACGAUUCAAGACAGUCUCUUGGCUCCUGAGAUACUGCUCUCGCCUCAGGCCGCUCCAAUCUACUCUGCCGUGGAAGCUGAUAUCCAGGCAAAGCGUGCAGCUGGCUUUCAAACAACCGUCAUCGACCCGUGGGGCCGUCUCCUCUCGUACGCACUACUUCAUGGGGCAGAUGGUGGCGUGGCGGACACAUUGUCAGGCAUCGCUUCAUUAUCAAAUUUCACGUCUCACAACGCUCCCUAUCCGCUCAUAACGUCCCUGGGAUCCGACCGGACCAUCAAUGGGGUAUGCAUUCCGCAAGCGAACGCAACACAAUACGAGUUCCACCCCUACGAGUUCGGCUCUUGGGACGACGGAGUGAAUGCGUUCGUCGUCUCCGAAUACCUGGGCACAUCUUUCUCCAACGGUCAGCCAAACGGCAGCUGCAUCACCAACUACGACCAGCUCGGCUAUGUGCUUGGCACGUCUUCAAACGUGUAUGGGUCAAUAUGCAGUCCGAUUCCGGCAGUGAACAGCACCGGUACCAGCUCUAAUACUCUGGUGGAAGACUUGGCCGCCCUCGCGGCUCCUGGCCAGCCAGGCGUCCCUGAAAGCGGAGUAUUCGGUCUCUACCCGAAUCCAUUCCACAAUUUUCCUUCGUCAUCCCUCGUGUCGGCACAACCCACGUUGGAACUCGUCGACGGUGGUGUUGGGGUCGCUUUUCAAGGAAAUCCAAUCUGGCCAUUCCUCCACCGAGAGAACGUCGACGUGCUCAUCGUCAACGACAACUCAGCCGACACCGCAGGCAACUUCCCGAACGGCUCCGAAAUCUAUCACACCUACCAAGCUGCUACAGCCGCGGGCUUGACCAGAAUGCCUGUCAUUCCCCCUCCCGCCACAUUUGUGUCAGAGUCACUGAAUCAAAGGCCAACAUUCUUUGGAUGCAACAGCAACGACACCCUCACCAUCAUCUUUAUCCCGAACUACAACUACACCUUCGACAGCGGGACGUCGACCACCAAGAUUCAAUACUAUGCCAAUCAAACUGAUGCGAUGAUUGCGAAUGGUGUUCAGACUGCCAAUUGUGGUGGCGAGGCAAACUGGCCGCUUUGUCUGGGGUGUGGAAUCAUGAAGAAGAGUGGCGAGACACUGCCAGGCGGGUGUGCGGCCUGCUUUGACGAGUACUGUUUCAACUGA